UAUCAUUCUGAAUCCAAGCGUGUCUUUGUGUAGUUGGUGUGUUUGCGUCAGUGGGCGGCUCCAUCAACAGCAGCUAUAAGAGCGGAAUGAGAUCUGAAGCGGCUCAUCCUCGCUGAUCUUCUCUUCCUCUGACAGACGCGAUGCAGGCGCAGGAGUACAUGAUGAGAGGGAAGGAGAUGGUGGAUUUCAUCCAGCAGUAUCUCACACAGAUCCGUGAGCGGCGGGUCGUUCCAGACGUUCAGCCGGGUUUCAUGCGUCCUCUGCUGCCCAGCAGCGCUCCGUAUGAGCCGGAGGACUGGAGCAGCAUCAUGAAGGAUGUGGAGAACAUCAUCCUGCCCGGGGUUGUUCAUUGGCAGAGUCCUCACAUGCAUGCGUAUUUCCCUGCGCUCACCUCAUGGCCGUCUCUGCUGGGUGACAUGCUGGCAGACGCCAUCAACUGCCUCGGCUUCACCUGGGCAUCUAGUCCAGCGUGCACUGAGCUGGAGAUGUGUGUGUUGGACUGGUUGUGUAAAGCGCUCGGGUUGCCAGAUCAUUAUUUACACCAUCAUCCACAGAGCAGCGGAGGAGGAAUCCUGCAGAGUACGGUCAGUGAGUGUACGCUGGUCGCUCUGCUCGCUGCGAGGAAAGACCGAAUCCUGCAGAUGAAGAGCGAAUGCACACACGCCGACACGGACGAGUCAGUGCUGAACUCCAGACUCAUCGCAUACGCCUCCGAUCAGGCUCAUUCGUCAGUGGAGAAGGCCGGUCUGAUCACUCUGGUGAAGAUCAGAUUCCUGGAGACGGACGAGGCGUUUUCUCUGCGUGGAGAAACCCUUCAGCACGCCAUCGAGGAGGACCGCAGGAGAGGAUUCGUGCCUGUGAUGCUGUGUGCGACGCUCGGCUCCACCGGUGUGUGUUCGUUUGACCGUCUCGAUGAACUCGGCCCUGUCUGUGAGCGUGAGGGUCUCUGGCUGCAUGUGGAUGCGGCGUACGCAGGUUCUGCUCUGCUGUGUCCUGAACUGCGUUAUUUUCUCAACGGAAUUGAGUUUGCCGAUUCAUUCGUCUUCAACCCAUCCAAGUGGAUGAUGGUCCAUUUCGACUGUACGGCGUUCUGGGUGAAGAAUAAGAUGAAGCUCCAGCAGACGUUCACCGUCGACCCGCUUUACCUGAGACACGAGAACUCAGACGCCACUGACUUCAUGCACUGGCAGAUCUCUCUGAGCCGCCGCUUUCGCUCUCUGAAGCUGUGGUUUGUGAUGCGCUCCUUCGGUCUGAAGAACCUGCAGGAUCACAUUCGACACAGCGUGGAGAUGGCGAAGCUGUUCGAGUCUCUGGUCAGAAACGACACAAACUUCCAGAUCCCAGCACAGCGGCACCUCGGCCUGGUCGUCUUCUGCUUACGAGCUGGAAACGGAGCGACGCAGGAGUUACUGCGCAAACUGACUAAAUCAGGCCAGAUGUUUCUGAUUCCAGCCGCCAUCGGGAACAAACUCAUCAUCCGCUUCGCCGUGACGUCGCAGUUCACGAGUGCUCAGGACAUCCAGAGGGACUGGAGCCUGAUCCGGCAGACGGCCAGAGAGGUGCAGCGCUCCUGCGCUCUCACACGCCAGCCCAGCGUGAUCUCAGACGAGAGCUGCGAGGAGAACGAGGACGAGCUGAGCCGCAUGCGUCUGGAGCCCAUGAUAGACGAGCGUCUGGUGCGGCAGGGACAGAGACGUGCCACCCGCUCGCUGAGCUGCAGCGCUGAGCUCCCCCCCGCCCGAGCCGAGCGCACGCCGCUGCAGAGAGACGCCCCGCUGGAGCAGAUCCCCGAGCGGCCGGAGCACAGAGCGCAGAAGAGGCUGCUGAAGUUCCACAGCGUGCCCAGUCUGUCGCAGGUGUGGGCGCAGUGUGGCAUGCAGCAGCUCUACCAGCCCUUCAGACGAGGAUGGGUCACCAGCAGAGCCAGCUGCUUCAACUGCUUCCCUCUGGAGACCAGCCCGCUGCCCACCAAAUAACACACACACACACACACUCACACACACUCACUCUCACACAC